ACGGCAGCGGGGGAGCGGUUUGCAGGGGACACAGGGCCUCCCGGAGGCCGCCGCGAUGCUCCCCUCUUUGCAGGAAUCGCUGGAUGGGGAUGAAAAGGAGCUGGAGAGCAGCGAAGAAGGUGGCUCCGCUGAGGAGCGAAGAGUCGAGCCACCGCCUACCAGUCACUACUGUCUCUACAGCUACCGCGGAAGCAGAUUGGCACAGCAGCGAGGGGACAGUGAUGAUGGAAGCCCAAGUGGCACAAAUGCAGAAACUCCCUCUGGUGAUGAUUUCAGCCUCUCCUUGGCUGAUACUAAUCUACCAUCGGAAGUGGAGCCAGAGUUGCGCAGUUUCAUUGCUAAGCGUCUUUCUAAGGGAGCAGUCUUUGAAGGACUGGGUAAUGUUGCAUCUGUGGAGCUGAGAAUUCCGGGUUACCGGGUUGGUUGUUACUACUGCCUUUUCCAACAGGAAAAACUGCUUCCUGAAACAGCAGCAGUGGACCCUGACCAUAACCCUUCAGAGUACGUGGUCUGUUUUUUAGGAGGGUCUGAAAAAGGACUUGAGCUUUUCAGGCUUGAAUUGGACAAGUACAUUCAAGGGCUAAAAAACAACAUGAGCUGUGAGGAGAAGGGCCUGGAGAACCACACGAAGUCCUACCUGAGCAGCUGGUUUGAGGAUGUUGUGUGCCCAAUCCAGAGGGUGGUUCUGCUCUUUCAGGAGAAGCUUACAUUUUUGCUCCAUGCUGCUCUGAGUUAUACUCCUGUUGAGGUUAAAGAAUCAGAUGAAAAAACAAAGAGGGACAUUAACAGGUUUCUGAGUGUGGCCAGUCUUCAAGGCCUUAUUCACGAAGGCACGAUGACGUCGCUGUGCAUGGCCAUGACAGAGGAGCAGCAUAAGUCUGUGGUCAUAGACUGCAGUGGCUCCCAGCCGCAGUUCUCCAAUGCAGGAAGCAACCGAUUUUGUGAGGAUUGGAUGCAGGCUUUUUUGAAUGGUGCUGAAGGAGGUAACCCUUUUCUUUUUCGACAAGUACUGGAGAACUUUAAACUAAAGGCCAUACAAGACACAAAUAACUUGAAGAGAUUUAUCCGACAGGCAGAAAUGAAUCAUUACGCUUUGUUUAAAUGUUACAUGUUCCUAAAGAACUGUGGUAGUGGAGAUAUCCUUUUGAAGAUUGUUAAAGUGGAACAUGAAGAAAUGCCCGAAGCCAAAAAUGUGGUGGCUGUCCUCGAAGAAUUUAUGAACGAAGCUCCCACCCAAAAUUCCUGAUGUGUGUUCUGAGAUAACUGUGCUGUGAGGUUGUAGAUUCCAGCACUGGUGUUUGGCAUUGCAGUGGUUAUAAGCUGCAUGGGAUUGUUAUUGAAGAUGAUUUGAAAUGCAUUCUAGAUUUUUUCAUCUUUGUAUUUUUAAAAUUUAACUUAAUUAGACAUGAAACUCUGAGGAAAGUCUUGAGUCCUAAAUAGAUGUGUGUUAAGAGCUGUAGAAUUAUAGUACAUUGCUGGUCCCAUGAAUUCUGAAUACUUCAGGGAGCUGUUGCUUAAAAAACUACAGAGGUGAUUUUGUGGCUUCUCUCAGGAGUUUGCUGCAGCAUUUAGCAACCUUUGCUCUCAGAAAAGUCAUAAUAUGUCUUUGUCAAAAUGUACUCCUAGUCUUAGGGCAGUUUUGCACCAUCACACCAUUUCAAAGACAGAUCUGUGCAUCCUGUGGGUGCUUGGUAGAUUUUUGUCUGCUUGAUAAUGACAUGGAUGAUGAAGCCAGCUUUUUAAGUUGAUAUGCAAAUCAACCGUGAGUGUGUAAAGAAAAUAAAUGAGCUUUGAAAAUAGACGUGCUAGCUUUAAGAUGAAACUGAUGGAAAGCUACUGGAGAGGCGGCCCCUGUCACUUUCCUUCUCUUCAUUUGCUCACAGGUGUUAGCUGAGAGCCUGUAUUUUCUUUUAUAUGAGAAUGGCGGAGUUUUUAAAGAGUGUUAAAAAAGAAAAAAUGAAGCAUAUUCAUUUUAUAAGUAAAUAAUAACACGAUCGUUCUUUGUAUCAGAGUUACUCAUUGCUUUUAGUGUUUUGUACUUUGUUUACAAGCCUCGUAUUGUGUUGCUCUGAAUCAGUCAAAGUGCCCUCAGCUAGAGGCAUUUAUAGUUCCCACGGAAGACAGUUGUAGCUACUCACAGGACUGCCUUUUGUGCUGCCUGGCCUUUACUAAAUCCAUUUGAUAAUGAUUUUUGUUUAGAGGAUCAGAAGUCUCAUGUUCUCACUGCCCUCGGGAUGUGUGGAGGAAUAGGAGUUCAUAAAAAUCCUCUCCUAAACUCAUAGAUUCACAUUAAGUGCUGAGUUUUAACUUUCAUAAUGACUGACAGUGGCCUGCUUUGUCUUCUCCAGAGGUCGGGGGCCUGGCUCACCAAGCCAUUUUUUUUUCCUUUAAUGAGAAAUACAAUUCAGGGUCUUCAUAAAGGCUUUCCUAUGGUUUUAAACUUUAAUAACUCGGAUUGUAGGCAGUGCUGGAAAAAAAAUCCAAGUAGCAUUAAAUUCAGAAUAACUACGGAAGUAAGCAAUUUUAUGGCACUUCCCUUGAAUCCAACUUUUUCUAAUGUACUGGUUGCCCUCUUGGAAAUUAAUUUUUUAAAUCAACAACAUUAGGACAUCAACAUUUUGAGUUUGGAAACAUAUUUUUCAUUUUCAAAUUCACAUGUCAUUCAAGAAUCCAUGUUGUAAAUGGCAUUUAAAAGCAAAUGUAUUACCGGCUUCAUUAAUAUAGUCAAGGUAUAAUUAUAAAUUCUUUAUGUGUACUUUUAUAUAUAUUUUGUGAUGUAGGCACUCUACAUUACACAGUUGUAUACAAUACAGUCUUAUUUUAAAAGUCUGUGACAAACUGUACGUCACUACUGUAGACAAGGAAAAUGGUGUCAUGGAAUUAAAUGUCUUAUUGUUCAUGAGAAGAAAUUCAGAGAGCUCAUGACCAGAAACCUGUACUGUAUUCAAAUCUUAAUAAGCUAAUGUAUUACUUUUUAGUUUCAAAAAGGAUUUAUUCAAUGUGGAAUACAUUUAUGUAUCUGUGUCCCGUAUGCACAUAGGAAAUGUAUGUUUGUCAUGUGUCAAGAAAUGGUUUCAGUUUAUCCAUGAUUAUAUUUGUAAUAAUAAUAAUAAAGCAACUU